AUGUCAGCCCUUAGCCUCCCCGGGUCCUCAGUCCCCGACGAAGGCUCUCGGGAAGUCGAAGAAGGCUGGGCCGUCGAUCCAACUACCGAGGAUAUCAAAAACACGCUCCAGCCAAGCUUUCCAAACUCCGACAUCAACGUUGAGUUCUUCUCCUCGGGCGCCUACAACAAACUCUACCAGGUCACAAUCAACGUACACAAGACCUAUCUCAUACGCGUUUCACUGCCGGUCGAUCCCGUCCACAAGACCUCGAGUGAAAUCGCCACGCUCAGAUUUGUGGAGGCUAUCAGCGACAUUCCCAUCCCUCGGCCUGUCAUGUCUUGCACACACCGAAAUACGCCCACCGGGUUGGAGUGGAUUAUGAUGACCAAGCUUGAUGGUGUGACACUACACAACAUAUGGCCGCGUCUCGACGCCUUUCGGAAAUCAUAUGCCGUUCGUCAGAUCGCGUCUUUCCAGCUCUCUCUCUUUUCAAGGACAUUCUGUCGCAUUGGCAACCUCUACCCAGAAACAUCUCUUGAACCGCAACGUAUCGUCUCAAUACCAUUUUUUCAGGGGGGGAGGGCGUGGAAGGUCAACAAUCGCGGGCCAUUUCCGAACAGUAGCCAGUGGAUCUACGCUCGCCUGAAUCUCCAGCGACGAGAUGCCUGGCAUACCAUGACCAAGUACAAUCGACAGAAAGGGGAUGGAUCUUUGACGCAACAAGACUACGAUAGGGCGUUAUAUACAUGUCAACUCUGCCGUCGGAUUUUCCCUUUUAUCGCCAGGUUCUUCCCCGAGGAUGGAAAUGCCCUUGAGCCAACAGUCCUGCACCAUGACGAUCUCCACGCCAACAAUAUUCUCGCCAACGACUUAGGAACCAUCACCGGCAUUGUCGACUGGGAAUGUGUGUCCACCGUGCCGCUCUGGAAAGCCUGCUUCUAUCCGAAAUUCCUCUUCGACCCUCCGCGACACACUCCCGAGGAAAGUUCCUUCCAAGAUCCAGAAUUCUUGACAUCGCAGGACAAUCUUUUGAGGUCCGUGUUCCUUAAGGAGAUGGAGCGUCUGAGCCCAGAUUGGAUGCAAAUCUACAGAACGAGUGCAUGCAAGCGUGAUCUUAGCUUUGCUGUCGAUAAAAUCGGCCGUGAGGACAAGCACUCAUACAUCGCAUCUUGGUUAUCGAAUCUGGAGAGCAACCAACCAGGGCCCAGUUUGCUUGAUACUCUCUUCGAGCUUUGA